CGUGGCGACUCUGCCGGUAAGUACAGAAGAAGAAAACACAGACGGCACUGUUUUUACUAUGGCGGGUUUCUGCUAAGUGCAGAAAAAUGCGAGUCUUUUAGCUUUAAGCGCACAAUUUUUCAAAGGAAGGAAAGCCAGAGGAUACUUUUACACAAUGAACAACAGAACAUCUUAUUUUUAUGACCCAGACGUGGGUAACUUUCAUUACGGUUCGGGUCACCCUAUGAAACCUCACCGCUUGUCUCUGACACACAGUCUGGUGCUUCACUAUGGACUCUACAAGAAGAUGAUGAUGUUUAAGCCAUAUAAAGCAUCUCAGCAUGACAUGUGUAGGUUCCACUCCGAAGAUUAUAUAGACUUUCUGCAGAAGGUCAGCCCCAACAACAUGCAGGGCUUCACAAAAUGCCUCAACACAUUUAAUGUGGGAGACGACUGUCCGGUGUUUCCAGGUCUUUUUGAAUUCUGCUCCAGAUACACAGGAGCCUCUUUACAGGGAGCCACCCAGCUCAACCACAAGAUCUGUGACAUUGCCAUCAAUUGGGCUGGAGGUUUGCAUCAUGCCAAAAAAUUUGAGGCGUCCGGCUUUUGCUAUGUCAAUGACAUUGUCAUCAGUAUAUUGGAGCUACUCAAAUACCACCCAAGGGUUUUGUACGUAGACAUAGACAUCCACCAUGGUGACGGCGUCCAGGAAGCCUUUUACCUGACAGACCGUGUCAUGACUGUGUCCUUCCACAAAUAUGGAAACUACUUUUUUCCAGGAACAGGUGACAUGUAUGAGGCGGGAGCAGAGAGCGGCCGGUACUACUGCCUCAAUGUUCCUCUCAGAGAUGGCAUCGAUGACCAGAGUUACAGACAGCUGUUCCAGCCACUUAUUAAACAGGUGGUGGAUUACUACCAGCCAACCUGCAUCGUUCUACAGUGUGGAGCAGAUUCUCUGGGCUGUGACAGAUUGGGCUGCUUCAACCUCAGUAUACGAGGACACGGUGAGUGUGUGGAGUUUGUAAAGAGCUUUAGGAUUCCUCUGCUGGUCCUGGGAGGAGGAGGAUACACUGUGAGGAACGUGGCUCGCUGCUGGACGUUUGAGACGUCCCUGUUAGUGGAUGAAUCCAUCAGCGAUGAGCUGCCUUAUAGCGAGUAUUUUGAAUACUUUGCACCAGACUUCACAUUGCAUCCUGAUGUCAGCACCAGGAUAGAAAACCAGAACUCCAGACAGUAUAUGGAGCAGAUCCGCCACACUGUGUUUGAGAAUUUGAAGAUGUUGAACCAUGCACCCAGCGUCCAGAUUCACGACGUUCCCUCUGACAUACUGAGCUACGAACGAAUCGAUGAGCAGGACCCCGAAGAGAGGGGGCCGGAGGAAAACUACACCAGACCAGAGGCAGCAAAUGAGUUUUAUGACGGCGAACAUGACAACGACAAAGAGAGUGAUGUAGAAAUUUGACCCAAAAGAAUGGAGAGAAAUGGAGUUUGCUUGCUGUCUUGUGUUUGUCUCACCUGCAGUCGUCAAGCAUCACGUAAAAAAAAACAUAAAGACCUUAAGGCAUUUCCUCUCUUUCUGACACGGCUGCCUCCUCAUAACAAACUGUCAGGUUUGCAACUGAGUCUGUUUUCAGACACAUUUUUUUACGGUUUGAAUCGACUCACACAGAAGUCUAUGUUUUCAUAUUUACAGACACAGACAAAUGCAGCUGCGUUAUUUCCAUUCAUAUAAAUAGAGAUUUCUGGUUAAAAUCAAAGUUGACCAACAAGGAUUUUAUAAUGUCUUUUUUUCCACUUGUAAUCACUUAGAUGCUUUUGAAAUGGGGAAAAUAUCAAUGGCAUCACUUUUUUUUUUUUAAACUAUUUUAGUCAACUUCAUGUAAAUUCCAAGCAGCCUUACAUUUUCAAUAGAAAAUGAAAGCGUUGAACACAUAUUGACCAGUAGAGAUGUUUCACGAGUAAUGAGGUGUCAUUUUACUCCGAUUCUCAUCUGGGAACCACUAUGAUUUUGUUUUAAUCACUAUUCAUUUACCUUAUAGCUCUGAACUGUCAACCCCUCAUAGAGAAUGGCAUUUUUCACCACUUUGGCACAGAUUUGGAUUUCUAUAGGUGAACAUUGGUAAAUGAGGUGACUGACUUGGAUCGAAUACAAACAGCAACUACUACGUUUCAUUCCUUUCUCUGCUCAUUUGUGUAUAUAUAUGUAUGUAUGUUUGUACUGUGAGUGUGUGUUUAUAAUGUAGAAGAGGAAUAGAGGUGACGUGGGUGGUACUUUGGCAGUGAAGUUGUUUGUACACAAGGAGGUAGUUGUCUUCAAAUACCAGUGACAGUCAGACUGUGUUUGAUGCUGUUGUACAAACACUUGGUACCAUCUCACACCUCCGGUCCUCUUUUAGCCAAAAACAGAACUAAUGUGAUUUUUGAUAUUGUUGUCUCCAACCCUUUUUCUUUUUUUUUUAUAAAUAAAAAAACACAAAAUAACAAUUCA